AUGUAUGCAUGUGUGGAUGGCCUUAGUUUGGAUUCAAAUGAGCAAUCACCAGUGGUACUGGAGUGGUGGGCUGAAGAGGCCCAUGACUCGACAUGGAGGAAUCCUAUGAAGGCUGCUCUUAAGCACAAUAUGAGGACGUUCAAAUGUACUAGUCACUGUAUACAUUCUUUCCUGAAAAUCUCGACAAUGUGCACAUUCUGCUUGUACUACUGUGCUCAAACCACAUGCCAACAUCAUCAUCUUGCAACAUCUCAGGCUAAAACUGUGAUGAUCUGGCUUGAACAUCAAUCUUUUUUCCUCACCAUUACCUGCAUGCCUAUGUACAAAUGCUAUCAAGACACACUCCUGCAGCAUGCCCUUCAAGGAUGCCUUUCUUCAUCAGUCACUAUGGUCUCUUCAUCAUCAACAGCACAUCUUCCAGCAGUGACAGAUAUGCCCUCCUUUGCCACUCUACCUGGAGACCUUGACUCUGAAGUCAACAUGUCCCUGAGUAUGGAUUAUGAGGUUGAUCUUAUGAAGAAUCCUUCUCCUGAUGUGGUCACACAUGCUCAGGCUGACUUGGGCAUGUCACCAAUAAUUCAAGAUGUGCAAGAUGACAUUGACCACUUCCUAUAUUCGAACAUCCCUGAACUCCUCUGGUCUCACUCGUGA